AAGCCCUCCUUUUCACCAACCCCACAACACCACCCCUCCUCUCACUCUCAACCUCCCAACCCACAACAAAAUGUCAAUCAACAGCUACAUCUCCAGUCCGCCCCCCUCCCCUCCCCCCCCCCCAUCCUCCCCUUUCGUCCCCCCAUACUAACCUUGUCCCCUUCAGAAAAAGUCUGCAUCAUCACCACCGACGGCAGAACCCUGGUCGGCACCCUCGCCGCGUACGACAACACAACCAACCUCGUCCUCCAAAACACCAUCGAGCGUAUCAUCCGCACCCCCGAUGACGCCGAGCCCUCGGCCCAGGUUCCCCUGGGCCUCUACCUCAUCCGCGGCGAGAACGUCUGCACGAUCGGGCUCGUGGACGAGGCGCUAGACGACAGCAUCAACUGGGCCGAGGUCAAGGGGGCUGUGAUUGGGACUACGAAGCAUUAA